AUGGUGGCCUUCAAAGGGAUUGAAGUAAAACCAGGAGAACCGUACAUUUUGUCUGAUGAGGAGAGAGGAAGGCUUCAUGUGACUCAGGCCACAUUAGGUUCAGGGGCAUCGACUAAGAAGAGCAUUUUACAGUGUGAAGUGGGAGAUAAAAAGCCAAUUUACCUGUGCUCCUUGUUGCCCGAUAGACUGGAGACAUGCCCGUUGAACCUCGAGUUUGAGGAAGACGAAAAAGUUACCUUCUCGAUCAUUGGUCCUCAGAGUGUGCAUCUCUGUGGUUUCUUUUAUGGUGAUGAAUCUGAUGAUGAGGAUGAAUCUGAUGAAGAUGGUUAUGGAUGCAAUCUCUAUGAGGGUGAUGCAAUGGGGAUUGGUUGUGAAGAUGAGGUAGGUUUUGACUAUGAUUCUGAAAAUGAGGACUAUUCUGAGGAUGACCUCUGCUGCGAGUACCCCCAGUCACCUGUUCGCAACAGUGGAGUGAAAAUUGAAGAGAGAGUGGAUGAAGGAAAGCCCAGUGAUGAGAAUGGCAUAUCUAAAAGAGGGAACAUCAUUUUAGGUCAACGAACUUUGCCAAAGUAUCAUUUUAGGUCCGUGAACUUUGAAAAUCUUAUUUUAGGUCCGUUUGUCAAAGUUCGUAGACCUAAAAUGAUGUUCCCUCUAUCUAAAAAAGCGAAGAAGAAGAAGAAGAAAACUGUUGGAAAUGAAAACGUCAACAGCCAGACUGUUCCUAAGGCUGGAACUAGUGUUUCCGUCCUUGAAAGUGAAGAUGAAGAUGGUUUUCCUGUACAUGCAUGUGAUAAAAAAUCUGAAGCAAACCUAGAAAAAACUGCACAUGAAAGUAGUCCUAAGAAAUCCCAGAACAAGAUUGAAAAAGCUGAUGCUAACUUGAAAAGAAAGAGUGGUGCUGGAGACCAAGAUGAACAACCUGCAAGCGAAAUUGAACCACACAGUUCUUCUGCCCAACCUGACACCACCCAAACUAAAAAACAAAACAAGAACAAGAAGAAAAAGGUAGUAGAGAAAUUAGACAGUUCCCUGGAAAAUAGAAAACAAAGCAAAGUCCAAGAAAAUGCACAGAUUCCGAGUGCAGGAAAAGUAGUAGAUAAAAAUGAAACUGAGUUGGAGAAACAAGAGAAUGGAGGAGCAUCGAAAUCACUACAAGUGAGGACAUUCUCGAAUGGUCUGGUAAUUGAGGAGUUGGCAAUGGGUAGGCCUAAUGGAAAAAGAGCUUCUCCAGGGAAAAAGGUUAGUGUCCAUUACAUUGGCAAGCUGCAGAAAAAUGGAAAAAUCUUUGAUUCAAACGUCAGAAAAUUUGUUAGUAUUGGCCUAGUUAUUAAGGGAUGGGAUGUUGGUGUAAAUGCACGCAUGCGCGUUGGGGACAAAAGGAGACUUACAAUCCCUCCAGCUAUGGGCUAUGGUCCCAAAGGAUGUCCUCCAGCAAUACCUCACAACUCCUGGCUGGUGUUUGAUGUGGAGCUGGUAGAUGCCAACUAAGCAACUCUACCUUGUAACAUUAAUUUUUGUGCACCACCAUAUCAUUAAAUUUUAUUCUUUCACCUAUGUCUUGUAUUUAUGGUGUAUCCCAAGAUUUGUAUUGGCUGCUAAGAGUGGCACUGGCAGUAUUCCAGAGGGCCAAACUUAUUUUGCGAAUGAUAUUUUGAAUUUAGGGAUUAAUUUUGAAUAAUAAUCUAUUUCUUGGCAUUGGCA